AUGGACAUAGAAAAUAGCCAGACAAGCAAGGUUGAUCCCGGUAGCUCGCCCAGUUCGUUUUCAAAGCAGAACGCAGCUCCGAAUGCCGAUUCGGACGACAUUUCACAGACUAAUACAUCACGUUCCAGCAAGUUACAUGAACAAGAGCCUCCACUUUCAAAUGGUUCUGAAUUAGGCAGUCCUCCGCUUUCUAGUGGUCCAACAACAUUCUACACACAUUCUACAACGGCUCCCCCAAAAACAACUAGAUUCUACAAGACGUUGGCUGACGGUUAUCGAGUCUCGGAUUCAAAUUCAACUCACCACUAUAAUCCAUACCUGUAUCCACAGCAUCGUACCAGGGCCAAUCCACCUUUAGAGAGCAUAAACAUGAAAGGACGAAGUACACACUCUUCAACAAACCCAUUAUAUCCACCUAUUCCCACAUUUACCAUAUCCUCUCAAGAGAUGGAAAAUCCAUACAAGUUCAUCGAAUCAAUAAGGGCAGAAGGAGAAAAAUACGGGGCAGUCCGUGUGAUACUAGAAAACUGGGAACAUAAACUGAAUAUAAACACAGAACUUUUUUGGUUUAGGGCCCGCCGGCAGCUGUUGAACAGCCACAAGUCAGAAGUGGAGGCCAGAAUGGAGUUUCAUCAAUCAUUAGCCAGCUUUCUCAGAGAGAAUAAAAUCACUAUUUCCAAGCUACCUAGUAUAGAUAAAAGGUCGCUUGAUCUUUACCGAUUGAGAGUCUGCGUUAAGCUUCGUGGGGGGUAUGAUACUGUAUGCCAGAAGAAACUUUGGGCUCAAAUCGGUCGUGAGUUAGGCUACAGCGGUAAGAUUACCAGUUCUUUAUCUUCAUCACUUAAAAGUGCCUAUCACAAGGUUCUUUAUGGGUACGAUUUACAUAUUGCAAAGCUAGAAGAAGAACAGAAAAAUGUUGAUUAUAAGAAAGAUAAAGAAACUUCUCCUCCUCCCGUGAAUGGUUCGGUUCAAAACGGCAGCAGUGGGUCAAGGAAACACGAAACUGCUUCCACUGAUGAUCCUCCUACAAAGAAAUUAAAGACUGACGAAAGCUCCGAGGAUAUUCCCAUUAUAAUUGGAUCAGCGAUAGAAUAUAAAAGAUCAAGAGAUAAACUGCAAAAAUUAGGAUUCCCUACCUAUUUUGACAUGAUGACAGACAAUAGGAGUGGUAUCACUUUUGACGAUGAGCAAACUCUCGCUACGUACGAUUUUUACAAUUGGCACAAAGGUAUGAAUGUGGACGAUGUAUCUGCAUAUGACUCCAAGCUCUCUCCCCUCUAUAAUUUGCGCCAAUUUUUCGACAAGAAUCUCAAGUUUCAAGAGUUAUUAUUCGAGCGGUUCAAAGUUGCCUUUAAUCCCACACCCAAUGACUUGGAAAAGCUCUAUUGGACUGUUGUUAAAGAUAAAGAUAGCAGUUAUGAGGUCGAGUGCUCAGUAAGGAUACCAACCAGUGUUCAUGAGUCGGGUUUUAAUAAGAAUGAAAAGCUGCAGAACCAUGUGAAAGAGAAUACCAAUCAAAAUGGCUCACCUCCUGAUACGCAUGGGCUGUGGAAUUUAAACAACUUUUUUGAAAAUCAGAGUUCCGUUCUCAGAUAUUUACCUCAGUUCAAUUCCAUUAGCAAGCCUACAUUGUCAAUUGGAAUGAUGUUUGGUACUCAAAACUGGGUGGCAGAAGAUCAUUACCUUUACUUGUGUGAUUACCAUCACAUUGGGGACACUAAAGUAUGGUAUUUUAUACCUCCAAAAGACCAUUUAAAGUAUGAAGCAUUACUAAAGGAGCAUUUGAAGAAUAACACACCUUCAGAGACUCAACCAGACUUUCAGAUAUAUCAAAAGGACUUUAAAAAUAGCGAUUUCGUACAGUGCACUCUUGAGAAUAAAAUUCCCACUUCAAGAAAUCAUAGGAGAUUCUCACACAAGAAUGCUGCUUUUCAACCACUCCUCAAGGAUCAAGAUGAGAAAGUGUUGUAUAGUCAAGAUUUUUUUCUAACUCCAGAAUUUUUAAAGGAGAAGGGCGUUGAUGUUUAUUCAUGUUACCAAGAACCAGGUGAAUUCAUCUUCAAAUUUCCCAAAGCCUAUUCAUCUACAGUAUUUUUGGGAUUCUCAACAUCUGAAUCUGUUAACUUUGCCCCGCCAUCUUGGCUUUCAAAAGGAUUGGAAGCUGAAAAAUGGCUGCAAGAGCAAAACGUCUAUCCAUUAUUUUCAAUGUUUCAGCUGUUACUAAGCAUUGCAAAGGAAUGUACUGACCCGACUAUUUUGAAGGAGUCACUGGAUAUGUAUAAACCUUUGCUGAAUAAAGUUCUCAAAGAAAGAAAAGAAGUUCGGCAACAUUUUCCCAAAACUAAUGAAUUUAUCAACAAGAACGCGUCAUCUUACAUCACAGAUGCCUUGGAAAAUUCUUUUCCCUCUAAGAUAGUGAUUAUACACAAUAACACAGAGAUAUCCUUGCCCUUAGAAAAAGCCUUAGAACGGAAAGAUUAUAUUAAUGCGCUCUUGAAACAGAAUGCUGUCUUGGAGCUGCACUUGUUUGAGCCAGAUGAAAGCCUGAUACAGGCAAUGGGCCUGUUUGCAACCUACAACCAAACACCGUUGGAAUGGUAUGAGAAAUUGGAAGACAAGUUGACAGCAAGCUCCCAACCAAAUAUUUCCAUUUUGCAGGAGCUAUAUCUAGAAGGGAAAAAAGUACUUGCAAUCCAUAAUAACAUACCGGAAAAGGCUAAAAAAGGAUUUGAGUCAUUAGAAAGUUUUGUUUUGGAUGCUAACGACUGGUUAGAUCAGGUCAGGGGAUUUCUUAAGGUAAGCGAUCCAAUUUCUGAAUCCAAAGACCUUUUGGUCGACAAACAUCAGCUUACUAGCCACAGCCUGGAGGAAUUCACUCUGCUUUUAGCGCGGAUUCCAAAUUUAAGAUUUGAAGCCAAAGAGAUUGAUGAACUUCUCCAAUAUGGAAAGCUGGUUGAAGAAUUUGAGAUCCAGUUUCGCAAGCUACUUUUGGACCAAGAGCAAAAAGUUUCCAUUUCCGUAAUUGAUUCUUUGGUAAAGAAAGGAAAACAAUUUAGCGUGAACUUACCGUCGGUGGAUUGUCUUGAGAAACUCAUCAGAAGAAAAAAAUGGUACUUGGCUGCUGAAAACGUUUCAGUGCAUACUUCCCUAAGUGACCUUCAACAUUUGGUACAAGAAGGCGAACAAAUUUUAGACGAACAUGAUAGAGCUCUUAAGUUGGAACCACUGACCAAGUAUUUUAAAGGCAGUCAACUUUACAAUAAAGAACUUGAAGAAUUUAUCAAGUUGAAACCUAUCGGGGGCUACGAUGUUGACAAACUGAAGGAGUUGUAUGAUAGGAAGGACCGCUUUUCGGUUCAAAGUGAAGACCUACGGAAAUUCAUCACUGAGAAGAAUGAAAGAAAGCAAAUACUCGAUGAGUGGCUCCAGGCUGUUCAACCAAAGAUUGAUCAGUUGAAGAAUUUGCGAAAGCAAAAGCAAUCUGCCGAACAAAAAUUGGCAAAUAACAUCGAACUUUCUGAAAAAGAAAAAAAACUUUUAGAGUCUUAUAAAGUGACAGGCAAACAAAACAUCUUUUUAAAAGAGUUUGAGUUUGGACCCAAAAUUUUUGAAGGUAAGGAAAUCAUUGAGAAAGCUUCUGGUUUGAAUGUGAAUGUUGCGUUUUUUAAAGAACAGGUUAAAAAAACUCAAGAAUGGGCAAGUCAAGUUCAAAACGUGCUUAAGAUCAACAAAGAGCAGUUAAAGCAUAGGUUUAAACAGUGGAGAAACUUAUAUCUUAAUAUGUAUAACCUUGACGAUGGACAAAGUGAAUUGUUUUGUUUUUGCAGAGAAGCAGAUAGCGGAGUCAUGGUUGAAUGUGACGAAUGUAAAGAGUGGUUUCACUUAAAAUGCCUCAAAAUGAAUGAUAACAAACCCGGGAACAAUGAGAUCUUUGUUUGCCCUUUUUGUGAUCUCGAUCAGUCUAGAAAAAGUACUGAGGAGUUUUUUCUGGCAGUCGAAAAGAAACCAAAAUUUGAGCAGAUAAGGCAGCUUGAUACAGUUUCUGAAUCUUUAAUCUUUUAUCCAGAAGGGUUUGGCCAUUUCAAACUUUUGAUGCUGGAAGUGUACAAGUUUCUGCAGAUAGCAAACAGAGAGCUUUUACUGGGUGUCGAAAAGCCGAGGGCUAGAUUUUUGAUUCGCAAGUUCGUUAGUGGUCCAUUUGUGAUGGAAAGAGAGUGGGAAGCUUUUGGAGACCUAAUUGGGAAAAGAACUAAGGAGGGAUCGAAAGGAUCUGUCGUUAAACAAUCCACGCUAGACAAGAGUACUGUGGCUGGGAACGCAGGCAAGGUUUUGGAAAAUGGAGCCAUGCCCGAUGCGGGUUCAACAGAAAACACGGAAGAAGGGCAGGGUUCCAAUGGGACUGGAUCUACUAAAAUCAAGGUUGAGUCCCAAAAUGACAGUUUCGAAUCUCCUAUUAAGGUUGAAAAUGAGCAAUCUUGA